UAAAUCUGGCCGAGGCGGCAACUUUUAAUAGGGAAAACCAGGAUUCCGCUGAGUAGCAUGACGCUAAUAAAUAAACCUUAAUGGUCGCGGAAGGUAUUGGGGAGGAUUUGGACCGAUGUCGGCGGUGUAUAGAGUCACACCGAGGUGUCUGUCUGAUGCUCUCCUCAACGGUCAGCUGGUCAUGAGUCAAAAUGUUUGAUGACUUCUUCCAUAAGAUCGAACUAGAACUUGGUCCACUGAACUCAGGCUGGUUUGAGGAGCUGACCGCGAGAGCUUCUGACGAUGGAGGUAAGAACACCACUCUUGUUGGAGGCGACUCUUCAGCACAGAAGGAUAAAGGCAUUUUCAGAGCUCCAGCUAAAAUGCCAGUGUUGGACAGUCAGUCCAUGUGUUCAACACCCAGGAUAUUUCGGUGUAGACGGCCACAUUCUCCUGCGUCAGGGCUCGAAGAUUCUCCCGAUUCAGGGCUUCAGAACUUGUUUCCCGUUCUACCAGGCACAGAAUCGAGCCCAUGCCUGUUCAGCUUAGCUAAAGACAGCCAGCAGUUUGAAAAAGACUGGGGAUCAGUAAAAACAAGUGAAUGUAAAGGUCUGCUAGACACACCAACAGGUUUAACAACACAAGCCACAUCUGCACAGCGCAUCUGCGAGAGCCUCGGAGCUCAGUUCAAUCCUGAUCUGUCUUGGAGCAGUUCCUUUAACACGCCAUCAGCACUGACCCCCACAGUCAUUUUGUCAAAAACUGAAGGCCAGUCUUCACCAAUUGUCCGAAAGCUGUUUCCAUCCCUCUCAAAAUGCUCAGAAUCGACAUCUGCGAGUACAUCUGGUCCGCAGCACAACGAUGCAUUAACAGAUACGAACGACCAGGCAGAAGAACAGAAAUCCGAUUCAUCUUCCAUCAACUUGGAAGGUGUCUGGAGGCAGACGGUGCCGGAUGCGAUAAAAGACGGUGACGUUCGGAACACCGUAGAGAGCGUUCUUAAUGAUGCCGAGGACGUCCUGUCCUUCUUCUUCACGAACAGUGGCUCAGCCCUGCGAAGGGUUAAAACCAGGGAAAGGAAAAAGAGGGUGAACGCAGUGUCUAAAGAAGUGAAGUCGAGUCCCGUGACAGUAGAUCACACUACAGAUUGUACUUCAGCCUCAAAGACUGCUGCUGGAUGUUUUAAGUCCCCUUUAUUUUCAAGUCAGCUCAAUAAUAAGGAUUUCACCCAGUGGACUCCGCUGAGUCUAUCCGAUGUCCAAGACCCCAAGACAAACCACGCAGGCGUUUUCGAAACACCGAGCAAACUCGCAAGUCUUCAGCAACAGAGAUCCUCUCCUGAUCCGUCUCAUGGACGAUGUGCUCCGUUAGACGCAUCUCCAGCGCUUACCUUCUCGAGAAAACCCAGAAAGUUUGUGUAUCCAGUGCAAAAUUCAGAAAGUAAAAGAACGCACAGUGAAACUGAUGCUGUGCUUGGAAAACACUCCCAAGAAGCUUCUCCAUGCCAAAAAGAGGAUGCGCACGGAGAUCAGCCAGAAGAAGACGGCGUAAAGCAGGAUCAUCCUGGACGCCGUAACGUGGACCACGACCUCGAUAUGUCCCAGCUUUGUAAAGCGUUCUCUGAGGAUUUCACUCAGGAAACAAACUCGUUCAAAUCACCACACAAAAGCGCACAGAGCGGCGUCGACUGCGGCUCAACGCCGACAUGUGCACCGAUAGAAAUAAGCAAAGUGCAGGAUAAAAAAGAACUCAUGAUACCACUUGAAGGUAAUUUCGAUCAUCAGGCAGCAGUAAUCCCCAAUCUUACACAUAUACAGUCUCUUGAGAGCAGAGUAUGUGACAGUGGCUGUCCUACAGUUUGCUCUGGUUUCAGUCUGGAAACUCGAGCAUGUAGUGGCGCCGAACUUCUUCCUUCUGGUUUCAAAACAGCAAACAAUAAGAUUAUCGUUGUGCCUCCUGAAGCUUUACAGAAAGCCAAAGCAUCGUUCGACGAAUUCUUUGAGCAUACGGCUCGCAAGGACGCUUCGAGCCCCACCGAUCCGGCAAACGGCGGUACGAAACGGCGCACACCGUACGAAAGCGUUCUAGCGAACCCUGCUGGAGAGAAACCACUUUUCGAAAGUUCUCACCCUGGACGUGAAGCUGGAAGAGAAAGUGAUGAGAGCGUUUUAAGGUCUGAGGGAGCUGCAGAGAGCAUUCCUAGCACGUUCCUGUGCCAAACAAACAAGUCCGGCUUCAAAACCACAUCGAACAAAAGUAUUACCGUCUCCUCUGAGAAUCUGGAGAAAGCUAAAUACGUUUUCAUGGAGUUGGAGGAAGAGAAAUUUGAUUCGCGUCCGUCAAAUAAGGUGUUGCAGGUCAGCGAUGUGAAGGAGGCUCAACCAUCUAAAUUCGGCUUGAAAAAUAGUCGGAAACCUACACAACGCCCCUCCGGUAACGAUGAGGGCAGUUCAUCUCUGACAGCUUCGCAAAAAGCAGAUGUGACCGAGCUGUGCAGUAUGUUAGAGGAGGUGGGCAGCCAGUACGAGUUCACGCAGUUUAAUCACGCAAAGAUCGGCUCGAGACGUGCAGAUAGCAUGCAGUUUGCGAAAGAGUGGGAUCCGGAGAUACUAGCAGAUAUCGACUUCGACGAUAGUUUUAACUCCGAGUUAACUGACGAGCAGGCGUCAAAAAAGCAUUGGUCAAAGGCGGACGUGCACGCUUCGGUUUUGAACGGUGGUGUGGCCAUUAGCAACGCAGCCGCCGAGGAGUCCGGUCUCGCGACCGACACGGCUGAUGACAAUCUGCAAGAAAAGUCUUUUUGUCCUGGCUUCAAAACUGCAAAGGGAAAUGCUGUGAAAAUCUCUGAGAGAUGUCUAAGCAAGGCGAGAAGCCUUUUCGCAGAUAUAGAGGACACCGACGGAAACUUCGGUCUCCAGAGUGACGGCAAAGCAGAUGAUGAUAAACAGGAAAAACAGUCAGGCGACCACCAAGAUGAUCCUCGUCAGACUGCUCCGGAAUCUGAGUCGGAACUAAAGCCAAGGUUCAAUCCAUGUAACGGAAACGGAAAGAGCUCAACAACUGAAGAAGCCGCGACCUGCAAACAAAGGUGUAGCAAAGUAAAUCUGGAAACACUACAAAGAACCAUAGAUGAGAAACCAGUUUUAAAUCAGCGCAACAUGGUAAAUUUAGGAUUUACUACUGCUGGUGGAAAGGAUGUAAAGAUUUCAGAAAAAGCUCUUCGAAAUGCUAAGAAACUUCUCGACGAAGCUGCGAACGACCAAGAAACCAAAUCCCCUACAAAAACAAAAGCCCUGAUUUCAGGACAUAAUUCUUUUAAUAUGUUGGCAGAUGCGCUUUAUGAUUCGAAGAUAUGCUCUGGAUCCGUGCCAAAAGAUGGGAACGAGCACCAAUUUGAAAAUGGCACUGACAUAACACAGGCCACUCGAUCCGCAGAGAGAAACGGGUUUAAAACGGGCGGCAAAGAAGCGUCUGUCUCAGCAAGCGCAAUUCAGCGAUCAAAAACCCUUUUCAAAGAUCUAGAAGACCGCCUAAAAAGCUCAGACAGAAUGAAAUCGACACAAGAGAAUGCAAAACCAGACCCCGCGGGAGACGCGGACCAGCACGCACUCGUCGACGGAUUUAAGACGGCAAGCGGGAAAGAAGCAAGAUUUUCUGAGAAGGCUCUUACGAAAGCCAAGGCUCUUUUUAAAAAUUGCUAUCCUGAUUGCGUGGAUGUAUCUCAAGCAAUAGGAGUAAAAGGAGACGACACGAGCGUGAUGGAUGACUGCGGCUUCGAGGCGGGAAACAUGGCGCAAUCGCCUGGAACGGACCGUCUCAACGAAGAGACUUUAAAGAACGACUCCGCAGAUUUGAAUAAAUAUGUCCAAAGGAAAUUCACAAAAACCUCCUCAGAGACUCUUCAACCACCAUCUGGCUGCGGUUUCAGUACAAGCGGCGCUGCGGUGUCCGUUUCAGCCGAAGCACUUCAGAGAGCGAAAGCUAUGUCGGAUGACUCAAAUGCCGCCUCAAUUGGUAAAAGGGGAUUGGAAAUAUCAGAACUAAAGCGUAUUUCCAAAAACGAGGACUGUGGUUUUAGUACUGCGAGUGGAAGGAAAGUUGCCGUUUCUGACGAAGCUCUCCAGAAAGCAAAGAGUCUUUUUACUGACUGUGAUGUGGAUGUAUUAGGACCUGAUCUUUGUCAGUUGCCAGCAGCAAAGACCUCUUCAACAGGACCCGGACAUAUAAGAUUACCUUUCAACGCCGCCACUAACAGAAACACCGCCGCGAAACAAAAGGGGACGAACGAGCGCGUAGAUGCGUUUGCUAAUUGCGAUAGAGUUUCAUUCGACCAGCAAAGUGAACGCUAUAUUAGUGAAGAUUCCAGUGCUAAGAAUAAAAGCGUGCCAUUUAAUGCUGGGAAAUCUGAACGGAGAAACUACGACAACAUGAGCAAUGGUGGUCUGAAAGUUGUUGCUUUGGGAUCAAGAGAUUUUGGUUUCAGCACAGCCAGCGGAAAAGACGUGCACGUUUCGAAAGCGGCCCUCGAGGUAGCACUUGAGGUGUUCAAAGAUUGUGAUGCACAACCACUUACUGAUUUACAGUGUGAUAUUAGCAAUGGUGCUCCAGGUACAAAUAUGAACAAAACGCCUGUUGUACCAAAGAUCAAAGCCGCUAGUCCGUUUCUCCCACCACAGAUUACUAAAGAUAACCCUUCCCAUUCUUUAACUUUUGAUGGAUGCACUGUAACCCAGCAAAGAUAUUUUGAGCAAGAAGCAAUGGCUUGCACUAAAGCACUUUUAGAGGAUGAGCUCAAUGAGAAUGGUUUGUUGAGUAUCUUAGACACUCCUACUGUACGUCCAGAGACAUGCUUAGAGGUGAACACAGGAACAGGAAAACGGACUUUGGAGGACAAGAUUUUGACCGGUCAACCUCCUUCGAAAAGAAGACACGUGUCAGAGUUUGAUCAGAUCUCAGAAGCCCGAGCAGUCUGCACGCCAGUGAAAAGCAGCCCCAAUGGGACUCUGAAAGACAGAAGAGUAUUCAAAUAUAACUUGAAGCCCAAUAUCACUUCUCCAUUCAGGGAUGUCGUGGAUCAAACCUCAGCCAACCCAGAUCCCCAAAAAAAGAGACAGUCAGACCCCAAGGCCCCAAUUUUUAUACCCCCAUUUUGCAAAAAGGCCGAGCAGCCAAAACGCAUCGUUCCCCCGGCCGCAGCCCAAAUUCGCAACACGUUUGUUCCACCCAUUAAAAAGAAUAAUGUGUCAGGUAGCGUUUAUGUUGAGGGUUCAACACAACAUUCUGAUACCUCAGCCAUCACAAGCUCUAAAUGUGAAAGCAGCAGGAAUCACUCAGAUGAGGACCAGAAAGCAGUGACGGGAACCGAGAGAGAUGAAAUCCUUGAGAAUCGCAGCGCUGUCCCGUGUGAAACGAAAGUCAUUUGGCAGCAGUCUUUGGAGUUGGCGCGAGAUAUGCAGAACAUGAGGAUUAGAAAAAAGAAACGGCAGAGAGUUCGACCUCUGCCUGGCACUUUUUACCUGGCCAAGACGUCCGGGGUGAGCAGAGUUUCCCUGAAAGAGGCUGCAGGAUACAAGCGUCCUGAGCUCUACACAGAAGAAAAGCUCUAUCAGCAUGGCGUGUCCAUCAAAGUGUCCCAGAUAACCGGCGAGAACGCAGAGUUGUUUCAGUUCAGCUGUGAUGAUUUUUUUAAACGUGAGGUUCUCUGGGAAUCCGGAGGGAUUCAGCUGGCCGAUGGAGGCUGGCUCAUUCCAAAUAACAAGGGCAUGCUGGGUAAAGAGGAGUUCUACAGAGCUUUGUGUGAUACUCCUGGUGUUGACCCCAAACUGAUAAGCGAAGCAUGGGUGUAUAACCACUAUCGGUGGAUCGUUUGGAAAAGGGCUUCAAUGGAAAGAGUUUUUCCAGAAGUCAUGGGCGGUCGCUGUCUCACUCCAGAGCAGGUGCUUCUUCAGCUCAAACUCAGGUAUGAUAUCGAGGUGGACCACAGUCGAAGAUCAGCCCUAAAGAAGAUCAUUGAGAGAGACGAUGCACCAGCCAAGACCAUGGUGCUCUGUAUGUGUGGAAUUGCCAAAUGUGACCCCAUUCCAGCCAGGACAGAGGAGGCCACGGACACAGCAGAUGCAAAACCUGUGUCACCUGCUGCAAUUAUAUGGCUUACUGAUGGCUGGUAUUCCAUUAAAGCUCUGCUGGACGUUCCGCUGUCUACCAUGCUGCGAAAGGGCCGUCUCAGAGAGGGCGUGAAACUUCUGAUCCACGGUGCAGAGUUGAUUGGCUCUCAGGAUGCCUGUCCUCCUCUAGAGGCUCCCGAUUCACUCAUGCUCAAGGUUUCAGCAAACAGUACAAGACGAGCUCGCUGGGACACCAAGCUGGGCUUCUACAAAGACCCUCGACCCUUUUCACUCUUACUUUCAUCGUUGUAUGCUAAUGGUGGAGUGGUGAGCUGUGUGGACAUUAUAGUGGUGCGGAGUUACCCAAUGCAGUGGAUGGAGAAGAAACCCGGUUCAGUGUUCGUGUUUCGGAACGAGCGAGCUGAAAGCAGAGAAGCGGCACGCUACAACAGCACCAAACAAAAGGCCAUGGAGCUCCUGUUCUCCAAGAUACAAGGCGAGAUCGAGAAAGAGGAAGAGGAAAAGAAUAAAUCCAGGAAAAGCAGAACCUUCAGCCUCCAAGCGAUUAAGAACCUGCAUGAAGGGGAGGAGCUUCAUGAAGCAAUGGAGAUUGAUCCAGCUUUAAUGGAGGCCCAUCUAACCACACAGCAGGUGAAGGCUGUGAGCAGCUACAGACGAGCUGUAACCGAGAAGACGAGAGCGGAGCUCCAGGACCGGGUGCACAAGGCCGUACAGGAGGCCGAGGGAGGCUGCGCUAACCGAGACGUUACUCCUGUCUGGAAACUCUCAAUCGCUGACUCCAAUGAUUUGCACAGCAGCCGUGUAUACACACUGAACAUCUGGCGCCCCUCUGUGGAGUUGCUCUCGUUACUGCGAGAGGGCUGCAGAUACAAGGCUUACCAUCUUGCCGCAUCAGAGACCAAGAAACGCUCUGGCACUUCUAACAUCCAGUUCACAGCCACCAAGAAAACCCAGUUUCAGGACAUUGAGGUCUGCACACAAUGGUUAAAUCUUCAUUUUCCUGUGAGACAAUCAGCAAAAUUCAGAGAACUUCAGAGCCCUGGAUUCAGCUCUCCGUGUGGAGAGGUCGACGUCGUGGGAUAUGUAAUCUCCAUCUUGGACAGACAAGGCACGUCUCCCGUGUUGUAUUUUGUGGAUGAAAAGUUUGACUUUGUCUCAGUGAGGAUCUGCAGCAGCCUGGCUCUUCUUACUCUGGAGGAUCUGGUAAAGCCAUUAGCUCUACUGGCUGUAAGCAACCUGCAGCUCCGACAGCAGUCUGGCCCAGUCCCCAGUCUUUAUGCUGGAGAACAUGCACUAUUCUCUACAAACCCUAAAGAAGCCCACUUGCAGGACAACAUUUCUCAUCUGAAGACAUUUGUCGAGAAUUAUGAGCAUUUCUUCAUAGUCGCCGAAGAGAAGCUCUCGAACCUGAUUCCGACGGGCUUCCUGAACUCCCCGAGAACUCCAGGUUCGUCAUCGGCGCCAAAAACCAGCGUCAGAAAUAACGUAACACCCCAUCAGACGAACCGGGUUUUCUCCCCCUUUACACCAGUUGCCAAAAGAACUCCCGCUCCCACUGAAGACUCGAAAACCAAGGACCCCAGGAGUGUGAAAAGGAAGCGUGGCUUGGAAUACCUGUCGCACCUCCAAAACCCAGCGCCCCUCCUUCCACUGGGAAUGGUCCGUUCUCCCCGAGUCAGCAAGACCUUUAACCCUCCCAGGAGGCGUGAGGCUGCUUGUAAUCCCCAGACAGUUGCAACUCCACCACCAGAGAACAAGUAGUUGGUGAAUGAUAAAGAGCUUGCAGUGAUAAACAGACUAAAAAGGUAGUUUGACGCAGUGUAGAUUAUCUUAAGGUAAGAUUCCCAGUUCAGCAUGUGGUCCGAAGAACUAAAAAGGAAUAAAGGAGGUAGAUGCCGUUGCUGUGUCGUGAACGGAUUGUUUGUAUUAUAGUCCGUAUGUGAUUUGACCUGAAAAUUGCACAAGAGCCGCUCUUUUUUUACUCUUAAUCUUAUUACUGUGUUUUUUUUUUCUUCUGGUUCUAAAAAAGAUAAAUAAAUGGUUAUUUAUUGA